AUAAAAUAAAAAUAAACCGUAACAUCAUCACCCAUCUCUCUACUUCUUCAAAUCCCCCACAGAGAGAUUAAAGAAGAAGAAGAUGAAGCUAAAAUGGGAAUCAAUCUCUAACGUUAAGCAAAACACAUUUCUCGUAAAACUCGUCUCUGCUACUCUCAUCACUUUUCUCGCUUUUCGUUUCUUCGUCUUCCAAUUCGGCCAAUUUUAUCCAGUUCAUGUGUCGGUGAACGGAAACUCAAAUUCUCAGAUUCCGCCUCCGCCUCCGCCGUCGGUUAUCUUAUCGGAUAACGAGGAUCAAAUCCCUGGUGAUAUUGAGGUGGAGAAGUGUGAUCUAUUUAGUGGGAAAUGGAUCAAAGAUCCUUUGGGACCAAUCUACACAAACGGGUCAUGUGGUAUUGUUGUAGAUAGUCACCAGAACUGCAUCACCAAUGGUCGGCCUGACUCGGGUUAUCUCUACUGGAAAUGGAAGCCUAACGACUGCUCUUUGCCUCGUUUCGAUGCUCAGAGAUUUCUUCAACUUAUGAGGAAUAAAUCUUGGGCUAUAAUUGGUGACUCCAUUGCUCGUAAUCAUGUCGAGUCUUUGCUUUGUAUGCUAUCUACAAUUGAAAAGCCGGUAGAAGUGUAUCACGAUGAGAACUAUAGAUCAAAGCGUUGGAAUUUCCCUUCAUAUAACUUCACAGUAUCAAACAUCUGGUCACCUUUUCUUGUACAAGCCGCCAUCUUUGAAGACUCCAACGGUGUCUCAUCAGCUGCGGUACAGCUUCACCUUGACAAACUCGACAAGACAUGGACCGAUCUAUUUCCAAGCCUUGACUAUGCAAUCAUCUCUUCCGGGGAGUGGUUCCUCAAAACUGCAGUCUACCAUGAGAAUGCAAAUCUCGUUGGAUGUCAUGGCUGUCCAGAAAGUUCAAACAUGACGGAUUUAGGAUUUGACUACGCUUACAACACAUCGUUGCGCCAUGUUAUGGACUUCAUAGCAAAAUCUAACACUAAAGGCAUGGUCUUCUUCCGCACUUCGAUACCAGAUCACUUUGAAAAUGGAGAAUGGCAUAACGGAGGAACCUGUAAGAAAACAGAACCAGUGAGCGAGGAGGAGGUCGAGAUGAAGGUCCUGAACAAGAUACUGAGAGACGUGGAGAUCAAUCAAUUCGAGAGAGUGGUUGCAGAGAUGGGUCAGGAAAGUGGGAACUUCAAGCUUCUGGAUUUUGCUGGAAUGUUGCUGACUCGACCCGAUGGACAUCCAGGUCCAUACCGAGAGUUCAGGCCGUUUGAUAAGGACAAGAACGCAAAGGUACAGAACGAUUGUCUGCAUUGGUGCUUGCCUGGUCCAAUUGAUCACUUGAACGAUGUCAUAUUGGAGAUCAUAUUGGAUGGUCGAACCGGUAAAUAACCGAUCAUAACCGAUCGAUGAUUGUAUCUUUAGUCAAAUGGCUUGAAUUGAAAAACACAGGUUUUGGUAUAGGCAUGUAUAUUGGUAAAGCUGAAGAGACUUGGUUAACAGCAAAAAAUUCCGAUGAAACCGGAAAUAGAUCCCCUUAGCUGAAUUGUAAACCGGUUCGGUUCAUCAAAGCAAUUCUUAUGAAUAUAAAUUUAUGUAAAGCAGUUCUA